AUGGGCGAUGUGGUGGCAGUGAUACUUCGAGUAAUUACUAAAUUCGUGCCCAUAUUAGUUCUUCGCAAUCAUACUGGCGUGAUUCAAGUGGACAGGGACAGUUUCCCCUUGGCCACAUUGACAAAUGCUGCCGAAUGGUAUACCAACUAUGUAAUAAUUUUGUCAGCUUUGGUCUUUGGUGCAGAUCGGGCGGUGAUGGCGGUUUCGAUAAAAUCGUAUGCCUGGGCCGAUUCCAUCUAUGAUGCUAUUGACAUGCUGUUCGAAACACUGUUUUACGUGCCUGUAUUGUGCAUGUUGAAUGGAUUCACAAUGAUCAUGCUGUACAGUCAAUAUAACACCAUAAAAAAGCGGCACGAUCUGAAAUUCAACUUGGAGCAAUAUCGUCUUCCCACUGUGGAAGAAGUGUACAUCAGAUGCGGAGGUCCUGGACCAGUCGCUUUCCUUUCUUCCAAGCAAGAAAAGGAAAAGCGAGAGCACCGAAUGCUGCAGCGAUUAGACGUGGAGCUCUCAUUUGCAAUGAUUGCAAUCAUCGAUCAACAGAUUGACUUCUUUGCUGUGCUUUUUUACACACUCUACUGGGCUGGCUACUCUCAUUUUAUCGACAUCGAUGGAACGAUUUUUCUGGAAAGCUACAGCAUUCUCUUCGAGUUCGGAAACAUCAUAAGCCCUUACAUUCUGCUAUGUUUUUUCCCGGACAUACGAAGAGAAGUGUUUCGUCACAUCAGACCUCAUUGCAGAAGCCAUGAAGACGACGUUGAAGAGGGAUGA